AUGUCUGCUGCUCUCGCUUAUCUUCAUGAAAAUGUUGCUGGCAAAGUAAAUUAUUCUGCCACCGCUCGAAAAUUUAAUGUCAAGAUGGACACUCUGCGAAAUCGCUUUCUGGGAAAGCAUAAAUCUGCAUUAGUUGCCCACCAGCAGCAACGAAUACUCACGACAUUCCAAGAAGAUGUCCUGGUCGACUGGAUGUGUUACCAAGCUGAAGAAGGACGGCCAUGGGGACGAGAGAAAAUCAAAUUGAAGGUCGACAUGCUCACCGGCAAGAAACCCUCAGACCAUUGGGUCAAGGCAUUCAUGUCUCGACACAAAGACGCAGUGAAGUUCUGUGGCACAUCCGGCUUGGACCCCAAGCGUGCUCAGGCAUUUAACCCCACAAAUAUUGCGGACCACUUCAAGCAGUUGGGUGAUGCCAUCUCCAAGUAUAAGUACCGCAUUAUUUUCAAUUUUGAUGAAACCGGAAUGCAGCGAGGAGGCGGGCGAAAGAGGACGGGGAAGAAACACUUCAUUGGUCGGCAUUCCCGUGCACGGUAUCGAAAACGAGAUGCGAAUCUAGAGCUAGUUACCAUUGUUGAAUGUGCCUGCAACGAUGGCACAAUGCUUGACCCAGGAUUCAUAUUUCAGGGGAAAACUUGGGAUGAAGACUGGUUUAGCAAGCACAAAGGAAUCUCUGUCGGCCUCACGCAAAAUGGCUGGACAGAUAACUUUCAAUGUCAUCAGUGGUUUCGUGAUGUACUCAUUCCACAAGCUCGCGCCAAAGCAUUAGAUGAAGAUGAAGCAAUUCUAGCCACAUUUGAUGGACAUGGUUCCCAUCUUACAGACGAGCUGGUAGAAGAGGCUUUGAAAUCCAAUAUUCAUCUUCACGUGUUGCCGUCACAUACCUCAAAUAAGACUCAGCCACUCGACGUUGGUGUCUUUGGCCCUUUGCAGAAGAAGUGGAUAGACCGCAUGGAGCAGAUUGUUGAGGAAACGGGAGAGGGCCUUCCAAAGCACGAGUUUGUGAAUGAGUACAUGGCAGUUCGGGAACAAGCAAUCACACCGGAGAUCAUCAAGGCGGCAUUCAGGAAGACAGGAAUUUGGCCAAUUAACCCAGACGUCUUUGCUGCGGAUGAAUUUUCGCCAAGCCACACGACAUCGACACAAGCGCACAUGCCACCAUCAUUCCCGCCUCCCAAUCCAGACUUAAUUUCAACUGCACCAACCUCAUUAUCGCCGUCAGAAAUCUCACACUCCAUGGACUCGGAUUUUGUCGCACCUUCUAAUGCAAUGCAGAUUGAUCCACAACUUCUGGACGAGAGUCAGAUCACAUGGUGGAACGAUCCCGAUGAUGCUGAACCCAUCGCACGUUCGUCUCAAGAUGUAUGUCCUACUGAAAGCCAGGCUCACCAACCACCUACACCUGCCUCGCCCACGCUACCUUCAUUGCGAUCGCAUAAGUCACACUUGACAGGACCGAAGGCUCCUCAGUUUUCACGCACACUUGUACACAAACAAUGGUCCACUGCCAGGCGGCACAAAGUUCUUCAAGCUGACCUUCAGCGCCUCGAAGCUUUGUAUCUCGCUGAAUUUCAAAAGCGGCAGGAACUCGAGGUUCAUUGCGAACUCUCUCGGCAAGAGAACGAGAAGCUGAAAGUGCAGCUCAACAGACGUGUUGAAAAGGCAGACGGACGCAAGGGCAAGCAGAUGCAAUCUGGUGGUGGUGUUUUCCUCAUGUCCGAGGAUGCUCUGAAGUUGUUUGAAGAGAGGAAGCGCGAGAAGGCGGAGAAAGAAGAAGCAGAGCAACUUAAGCAGGUUGAGAAGGAACGCGAAGAAACGGCUUUAGCUGAUCGGCGCGCACAGCUUGCUGUGAAUCUUGAUGUACGGUUUAGCGGGCGGCUUACCUCGAAGAAGAAACAAGACCUGCAAGAUAUUGCUUUCGUUCUCGCUCUGUCUACCUCUGGCACAAAAGCGGAGCUUAUCGCUACCAUUGUUAAUCACCUCAGCCGGUCUGCGUACUUGCAAUCAGACGCCCGAUUUUCAAAACUUUUUAUUCCGCAAAAUCUCAGGGACUCAGACACGGCGCGCGAUAGUCAACAACAGGCAACUAUCGAGGAAGAAAAUCUGCCGCCAUCACGACCCGUUGCAUCAACGUCUUCUCACACGCUUGACGACAAUGAACGUGAUCCUCCACUUGCGCUCGGCGCACAUCCUCUUCUGCAUUCGGCAAGCCGUCUCCCACUCGCAUCUGCAAUUAAUACACCUUAUCACGAACGUCCUCACCUCGAAUCAUUUCAAGCUCAACAUGAUCCCUUUUAUUAUCCACCUUAUUAUCACUCACCAGCGCAAUUACCUGGACUGUGA